AUGGAAAGGGAGUCAGGGUGCAGGAUUCUUGUAAUUUCAUCCAAAAUCGAGCACGCGGAGCGGUUCGUACAACGCGUGCAGGCCCUAUCCAAAACACCGAAUCCUGUACCUUCGUCUGAAGACGUGUCCGCUGGUAUCACACCUUGGACAAUUUCAAACAAAUAUUACUCUGCUGUCGUGCACUUUCAGACUCGUCAGGUGCAGCAGUUCAGAUCGUCUCAUGCCGAGGGAGUACCCGCAGUAGUUUUUGUAUGGGAGAAAGGCGAGUCAUAUCGAGAAUUCCUCUUGGAUGCAUCAAACACCCUGCGGCAUCAUGACCCAGAAGUCUCAUUGGCAGUGCGAUUCGGGGCUGGCUCUGCAAUAGACCCGGAUGAAGAGGAAAUAGACGAAUUUCUAUCUUCAAACGGGUUUGAAUUUAUAGAGGGAGAGCGCACCUCUUGCGAGCCUACACCAAACGAAGACAGACAUUUUGACGACGAGGAUUCCGGGAUUCCCGGGCUGCCUCGAGUUAUCGAUGCCCUAAGCACUAUUAUGUGGCCUUCCCUUGUGCAGUCCGAGUCCACCCGUAAUCGCAAGAGUCGUGCACGCGAGCUACUCGAUUGGGCACGCGAGGAGGAAGAGGACGACGGUCUUCGCGCAUUAAUAACCUCUGAAGGGCUCACGGGGGAUGAUCUACAUACUGACCAUAGCGACGACGACGAGCCUGAUGAGGCUGGGAGUGAGGCCCCGAGAGCAGCGCGGAAAAGUCGGAUGCAGCGUGAAAUGGAGGAGCUUGAGCGCUGGCUGGCUGAAGAGGACGGGCGGAGAGAGGAAGAACAUGCGCGCGCGUGGAUCGCAGACAGGCGUCCCCUGGGUGUGGAUGGGUGGCAGGACAUACCUACUCCGGUAAUCAAGACACCGACGACGGACGCGCCCUCACACAGCGUCCCAGUGCUCGGGUUUGACGACGACUUUACCGAAUUCGUGUCUGCUACGUCGCCUGUGCAAUCCGCGCACACGGGCACGGAUCAUCUCGGUGCGUUUAUUGAAGAUAGGCUCGUCCCCAUGCACACCGGCGCAUCGUACCGAUCACUGGCGUCAGUCUCGGACUUUGGUGGCGCAAGUAGCUCGGUUCCGCAUCUCAACGGAUCCGACGACGCAGGCGAAGACGCAGAUAUGCCCUCGCGAGAAGAGGUAAUUGAGACCUCUCGUCGUAUUUUCGGCUCAUCUGGGCCGCUACCAACGCCGGAUAUUUUAAAAAUAUCCGAGGCCAGUGGCUCCCAUUCUACCGUGAGUGCAGAUCCCAGCUCGGAUGAGCAUGUAUUCGAACAUCACGAUGAAGACGAGGAUGAAUUUGAGGUCUCGGCGUUUGACCUGUCGCGUGUGCUUAGCGCAUUGCAUGGUAUGAAGGAAGAGAUCGGAGGGAUGUCGGACGAGAGUGAACGCAGACGUGCCGCAGCCCGUGUUGCGCUCGGACUCGUCUACGGGCUGCAGACAGACCGUGAUACAUGA